UCAAACUCACAACUCGGGGGAGAGAGAAGCCGAGAGAAAGGGAGGGAGAGAAAUGUGAAAGUCAAGAGGGGGACAUGAUGGCGGACCCGGCGGGAGUCAGCGGCCAGGAAGAGCUGGAGAGCCUGCGGGCCGAGGUGGAGCGGCUGAGCGCCGAGCUGGCCGAGACCAGCCAGCAGAAGGUGCAGGCGGCCCAGUACGGGCUGGCCGUGCUGGAGGAGAAGCAGGGGCUCAAGCAGCGCUUCGCCGAGCUGGAGCAGGAGCACGAAGCCGCCGUCCAGGAGCUGGAGCGCCUGAAGGAGGCCUUCGCCGAUGCGUGCAGCAACCAGAAGAAAGCGGCAGCCGACGGCGAAACCCGCGAGGAGACAAUGCUACGGGAGGCGGCGAGGAAGGAAGGCGCCCUGGCCACCAGGAUCACCGAGCUGCAGGCGGAGAGCAAGCAGACCAAGACGGUGCUCACCAACACCGUCUCUGAGAACGAGCGCCUGAAUGGCGAGCUGCAGGAGGUGAAAAAGCUGUGUGAGAGCCUGGAGCUGGAGAAGUGCCAGCUGAGGGACGAGAUCAAGGAGUCGAAAGUGCGCGAGAGCCAGCAGCUCCAAGACUGUACCGAGCUCGAGGAGGAGAACAUCGCUCUGCAGAAACUGGUCUCCAUGCUAAGGGAGAACCAGGUGGAGUUCGAAGGGUUGAAACACGAGAUGAAGCAGCGCGAGGAGGACAUCGAGAUCCUGCACAGCCAGCUGGAGGAGGCCACCCGCCUGCGGGGAAUCGUGGAGCGGCAGCUCGAGGAGGCCCUGGAGACCGUGAGGACCGAGCGGGAGCAAAAGAACGCCCUGCGCAAGGAGCUCUCUGCCAACGCCAGUGGCUCCUUCUGCAACUUGCCGGACGGCCUGGAGGAGCUGCGCUUCGACGACAGCGCUGGCCAGGACGAGCUGGACAGCGGCUACCACCAGGGCUCCAGCCACCUCAACGGCGAGGUCCGGGUCUCCACCCCUCGGGCCGGCCAGGCUUUCCGGCCGGCCCCCGGCCUUGUCUCCGACCUGUUCAGUGAGCUGAGCCUCUCUGAGAUGCAGAAGCUGAAACAGCAGCUUGUCCAGGCAGAGCGAGAGAAGGCCACCCUGCUGACCAGCGUCCAGGAGCUGCAGAAGCGGCUGGAGGCAAGCUGCCGCGGCGGCGGCCCGCUGUCCGAGGCUGCUCCCCACCCGGGGGAGGGGGAGGAGGCCGGCGGGCUGGAGGCCGAGUAUCAGGAGGCCCUGGCGGAGGUGGCGCGGCUGAAGGCCGAGCUGCAGGAGCUGCAGGGCAAGUACCUGGAGUGUGAGGGCCGCCACCGAGAGGAGCAGGAGCACUGGAGGCUGGAGUCCAGGGAGCUGGCGGAGAACAUCGAGCUCCACGUCAAGUGCAACCGGGAGGACCAGGAGUGCAUCGCCCGGCUUCAGAAGGAGGUUCGGGCCGUGGCCAAGGUGGCGGUGGACUCGCAGGGCGGCCUGGGCCGUGCCCAGGAGGAGCUGGCGGCCCUGAGCGAGGAGCUGGCCGGCUUGUACCACCAUGUCUGCCUGUGCAACAACGUCACGCCCAACCGGGUGACGCUGGACUACUACAAGGGGUCCCGGAGCCGGGCGGGACCUCCGCUCCGGCGCAGGCGGUCCUCUGACCUCUUCGGCAGGGUGCCUGCUGAGCCCCACGACGGCGGCGGCAGCGGCAGCAGCGGCGGCGACCUGUCCCCUCGCUCGCUCCCCUCCUCGCCCGUCCCCGAGGCAGCAGACGCCCAGCGGGAGCCCCUCAACGUCCUCAACCUGAGCGCGGUGAUCCGCAGUCAGAUUAAACACCUGCAGGCGGUGGUGGAGCUGUCCCGGCAGAGGGCCGCCCUGCAGCUGCUCGCCCCGGGCACUGACAAGGACAAGGAGGCGCUGAUCGAGGAGGUGCUGAAGCUCAAGUCGCUGCUCAGCACCAAGCGGGAGCAGAUCGCCACCCUGCGGACCGUCCUGAAGGCAAACAAGCAGACCGCUGAGGUGGCCCUGUCAAACCUCAAAAGCAAGUACGACAAUGAGAAGUGCCUGGUGUCCGACACCAUGGUGAAGCUGAGAAACGAACUGAAGGCACUGAAGGAGGACGCUGCCACUUUCUCCUCUCUCCGCUCCAUGUUCGCGAGCAGAUGUGAUCAGUAUGUCACACAGCUGGAUGAGAUGCAGCGACAGCUGGCAGCAGCUGAGGAUGAGAAGAAGACACUGAACUCCCUGCUGCGGAUGGCCAUCCAGCAGAAGCUGGCCCUCACCCAGCGGCUCGAGGACCAGGACUCCAAGCCCGAGCACCCCAGGCACGGGCACGGGCGAAGCAAGCCCCACUCCAAGAGCAAACCUCGAGCAGUCCGAGCCAGCCAGCAGCAGCAGCAGCAGAAUAUUUGAGGCGGGGGGAGGGGAGGGGAGGACUGACGGAGGGAGAGGGAGGGGCGUGAGCCCCGACUCCAGAACAUCCCUCCCUCCCUACCCCCUCCCUGAGCGUUCCUCGUCGCCGGUGACCCCCGAACAGCCAUCCUUCGCUUGAGAUCACCGCAGAACGCAGUGGAGGAGGAGGCCACGCCUAGGAGCACGGGAGGGUGCCGGGAAGCGGUGUCAGGAGGGUGCGAAGACUCACCCUCCCCCCCU